AUGCCAGCCAUUGGAAUUGAUCUUGGAACUACUUACUCGUGCGUCGGAGUUUGGCAACAUGGCAACGUGGAAAUCAUCGCCAACGACCAGGGCAAUCGCACAACGCCAUCUUAUGUGGCGUUCACGGACACCGAGCGCCUCAUCGGCGACGCCGCUAAGAACCAGGUCGCUCUGAACCCCAACAACACAGUCUUCGACGCCAAACGACUCAUCGGAAGGAAAUUCGACGACACCAAGAUUCAACAGGAUAUGAAACACUGGCCCUUCAAGGUGAUCAGCGACUGCGGAAAACCGAAGAUCCAGGUGGAGUUUAAAGGAGAAAUUAAACGAUUUGCGCCUGAGGAAAUCAGCAGCAUGGUACUCACAAAAAUGAAGGAGACAGCAGAGGCGUACUUAGGAACAUCAGUGAGGGAUGCAGUGAUCACAGUACCAGCAUACUUCAACGACUCUCAGCGACAGGCCACGAAAGAUGCAGGCGCUAUUGCAGGUUUGAACGUCUUGAGAAUUAUCAAUGAACCCACGGCAGCUGCUCUCGCCUACGGUCUCGACAAGAACCUUAAGGGUGAGCGCAAUGUCCUUAUCUUUGAUCUGGGCGGGGGCACAUUCGAUGUCUCCAUCCUUACUAUCGACGAGGGCUCGCUGUUCGAGGUUAAGGCCACCGCUGGAGACACACACCUCGGAGGUGAAGACUUUGACAACAGACUCGUGAACCACCUUGCAGAUGAGUUCAAACGCAAAUACAAAAAAGAUCUACAAAGCAAUGCGCGCUCUCUCAGACGGUUGAGGACAGCAGCUGAGCGCGCCAAGCGUACCCUGUCCUCCAGCACUGAGGCCACCAUCGAGAUCGAUGCGCUUUAUGAAGGAUUAGACUUCUACACGCGUGUGUCUAGAGCACGCUUUGAAGAACUGUGCUCUGACCUGUUCCGUGGCACCCUGGAACCUGUCGAGAAAGCUCUUAAAGACGCUAAGAUGGACAAAGGUCAAAUUCACGACGUCGUUCUCGUCGGAGGGUCUACACGCAUCCCUAAGGUGCAGAACUUGCUACAAAACUUCUUCUGUGGAAAGAAACUGAAUCUAUCCAUCAACCCAGAUGAGGCGGUGGCUUACGGCGCAGCUGUUCAGGCAGCGAUCCUAAGUGGGGAACAAGACUCGAAGAUUCAAGAUGUCUUACUAGUAGAUGUGGCGCCACUUUCGCUUGGUAUCGAAACGGCAGGCGGUGUUAUGACCAAAAUCAUCGAGCGUAAUUCGAAGAUCCCAUGCAAGCAGUCCCAGACGUUCACUACGUAUUCCGACAACCAGCCGGCUGUUACCAUUCAAGUCUAUGAGGGCGAACGUGCUAUGACGAAAGACAACAACCUGCUAGGCACGUUUGAUCUAACAGGCAUUCCACCUGCGCCCCGUGGUGUCCCGAAAAUUGAUGUCACAUUUGAUAUGGACGCCAACGGCAUUCUCAACGUGUCAGCGAAAGAAAAUAGCACUGGUCGCAGCAAGAACAUCGUGAUUAAGAACGACAGGGGUCGCUUGUCGCAGGCGGAGAUCGACCGUAUGCUCUCUGAAGCUGAGAGGUACAAAGAAGAGGACGAGAAACAGAGGCAGCGAGUUGCGGCUCGUAACCAACUAGAGUCGUACAUUUUCAGUGUGAAGCAGGCUGUCGAGGACGCUGGUGAUAAGCUGUCGGAGCAGGACAAGAGCACAGCGCGUUCUGCCUGCGAGGAUGCUCUGAAAUGGCUAGAUAACAACACAUUGGCCGAUCAAGAAGAGUAUGAGCACAAGUUGAAGGACUUGCAGAGAGCGUGCUCACCGCUCAUGACAAAAAUGCACGGCGGCGGUGCUGGCGGACAGCCUGGUGGGAUGCCCGGAGGAAUGCCGGGUGGCAUGCCCGGAGGAGGCUACCAACGAAACGACGGCCCAACCGUAGAAGAAGUUGAUUAG